GUUCUUCGUUCCCUAGGUUGUGGUGCAAGGCCACUUUUGCUGGCUACAAACGAGGCCUCCGAAACCAGAGGGAGCACACGGCCCUGCUAAAAGUGGAAGGCGUCUAUUCCCGCAACGAGACCGAAUUCUACUUGGGGAAAAAAUGCGCCUACGUCUACAAGGCCAAAAACAACACGGUGACGCCUGGCGGGAAGCCCAACAGGACCAGGGUCAUCUGGGGGAAGGUGACCCGUGCCCACGGAAACAGCGGCAUGGUGCGAGCCAAAUUCCGCUCCAACCUGCCUGCCAAAGCCAUCGGACACCGGAUCCGAGUGAUGCUGUAUCCAUCCAGGGUCUAAAUGUAUGCUGCAAAUAAAAUUGAAAGUAUAUUUCACUUUUGUAGA